AUGAAUUACGUUUUGAAAAUAAAGGAUCAAAGUAUUGCCGUGCCUUUGAGCGAACCAUUGAAAUUGCUUAGUUUGAAGGAAUUCGAUUCAAAAUUUCCACUUGUAAUUAUGAUUACUGGAUGGACAACUAAUACUAACAAACCGAUUAAUCAUGCGCUAGAUGUGAUUUAUGCAGCCUAUCGAUGCAGAGGACAUGUUAAUUUUGUGUCCAUUGACACAGGUCGUUUCAUUGAUACUCUGUACACGUGGAGUGCAGUCAAUACCGAGGAAAUAGGAAAAAUUAUUGCUGAUUCAUUGAAAGACUUAAUCAAACGGUACCCAGUUGAAAAGAUUCACUUAAUCGGUCACUCGCUUGGAGCGCACAUUGGUGGUUCCAUUGGACAAAAUCUUAAAAUCAAAUCGGGCAAAACAUUACCGCGCAUCACGGCGCUAGAUCCAGCUAAUCCAUGCUUCAAUUCCGAAACAGAUCUCAAAGGUUUGACACGUUAUGAUGCAAAAUUGGUUGAUGUAAUUCACACAAACCCAGGCGGCUUAGGAAAGCGUGAUCCAAUUGGUGCGGUGGACUUCUAUGUAAAUGGUUUGUUCCCGCAUCCACCAGGCUGUUUUACCAUGAUAUGUGCACAUUUGCGUGCAGCCGAUUUUUAUGCCGAAUCAGUUUAUCCAGGCAACGAACGAAAUUUCCUGUCCAUCGAAUGUGGUGCGCUGCUAACAUUGAAUACACACUACUGUUCGAAAAAUGAAUAUCCAAUGGGCUAUGCAUUACCACAAAACAUUGGUGGCAUUUUCUAUUUGAAUACAAACGAAGAAAGCCCGUAUGGCAUGAAUGUAACUAAAGAUUUCAAACCAGUUUGCAUUGAGUGA